AUAAUGGAGGUGCUCGUAUUCGCAUCUCGAUGUGGGUUGUAACCAUUCCCAGAUCGAGAGUAUCGCCAAAAGGAGGUAUGUGGAAGUAUAUAACUUUACUCCUUUUCUCCCAGUCUCGUCUCCCAACGUAUGACUAGAUUCGACCUGGUACCAUUUGUAUGCUUGCCGAAAUGUUCAAAAACAUCCUACUUCUCCUUCUUCCGUAUAUCUGUUGGACUUCUGGGCAUGCAUGCCGUCCACGUUGCAGAUACGGAGACCCUUGUUGGCCUGAUGAAAAAAUAUGGCAAGCCUUCAACAGCAGUAUUUCAGGCCGUCUAGUGCGGACCUUUCCCUCUGCUGCUGUUUGCCACGGAGAACACUUUGACAGUGAUGGGUGCAGCCAGGCAAAGCAGGAAUGGGACAACAGUUUCUGGAGAACCAACCAGUCUGGAGCAUAUACUGCGAUUUUCCACAUUAUUCUGUGACAGCAAAAUCAGCGACAGACAUCCAGGCUGCGGUCAAAUUUGCCAAUGAAAAGCACCUCUACCUUGUGGUGAAGAACACUGGCCAUGAUCAUCUCGGUCGAUCGAGCGGCCGAGGAUCUUUCUCCAUCUGGACUCACAAUCUGAAAGGAAGACAAUGGACAGAGAAUUUCGUUGUCGAGGGAGCGCCUGCGGGGAGUCAAGGUGUGCCGGCUGUCACACUGCAAGCAGGGGAGCAGUGGCUAGAUGUGUAUCGCGCUGCUUCUGAACAGCGUGUUAUCGUCGUUGGUGGUCACGCAAGAACAGUCGGGGCUGCCGGAGGAUGGUUGACUGGGGGCGGUCACUCAGCCUGGUCGAACCUCUAUGGCUUGGGGGUUGACAACGUCUUGGAGGUCAAGCUGGUCAACGCGCAAGGAAAGCUAGUGACAGUCAAUCAGCAUACUGACCCAGACUACUUCUACGCCUUGCGCGGCGGAGGAGGAAGCGCAUGGGGUGUCAUAACCUCGGUGACCUAUCGGACUCACCCUGAACCAACCCAUAUUCAGGUCGCCGCGAUACAGAUUAAUGCUACAACCAACUCAAGCCUCCGUCCGGUGUUAGAAGGAUCUCUAGGUGCUUUAGUGAACAUGACGGACGCCGGAUAUACGGGCUACGCGUACCUCAGCAAUGGCUUUUCUGGCCUGUUCAUCCGACCUGGAGGUACCGAAGCAGAAUUAUCACAAGGCUCUGCCGCCUUUCAACGACUGGGGCAUAUCAACGGAUCAAGCUUUGCCAUGUUCAACUUCACUUUUCCUCGCUGGAUAGACUAUUGCAACGCAUUUCUUCAGGAUCCAAACAUCGCUUUGAACGUCAUGGAUUCAUCCCGACUCCUUACUCCAGACAUGGCGUUCAACAAGGCAGGUGAAAUCAUCGACAUGAUGUUAGAGUUCGGUCCGGAGCACUAUCCGUCGUUCAACUUCAUUGGACAUGUCAACUCGACAAUGCGAGACAACACUUCCGUCCACCCUUCGUGGCGGGAUGGCCGAGCGGUAAUGAGCUUUGGCACAAACUGGGAAAACGAUGCACCCGAAGCCGAAAAGCACCAGAAGAAGCUCCAGCUUGUUGAGAUGAGCAAAAGGUGGACUGCGAUUGCUGGGCCGGACGCAGGGACGUAUGCGAAUGAAGCCAAUCCUUUCGAGCCUAACUGGCAGAGAGUAUUCUGGGGGUCUAACUAUGACCGCUUGCUAAAGAUCAAAAUGGCCAGGGAUCCUAACAGCCUGUUUGUCUGCAACCGCUGCGUUGGUUCCGACAUAGUGUAUGAACCAUGA